UUUGUGAAAAAGGGAGAGCCUGCUUCCAUGCGACAGCUAGCUGCCGCUUGAAUGGACCGUAGAAUUAUUUGAUUAGUUUACCAAUAACGACGCUGGGACUGUCGAAACAAAUCGUUCACGGAAAAAGGACCCCACUAGUACUUGAACAAAUUCGGAAGAGAAAGAUGAAGUGAACACAUCAACCGAUAGCGAAAUGUCGAGCGCAAAAAGGUCUGCUGCGGCGUCAUCAAGGUCUCCUACAGCAUCAUCUUGAUCUGCUGCAUCAUCAUCGAGGUCUGCUACAGCGUCAUGGAGGUAGGCUACAGCGUCAUGGAGGUCUGCUAAAGCGUCAUGGAGUCCUGCUACAGCGUCAAGGAGAUCUGCUACAGCGUCAUGGGGGUCUGCUACAGCGUCAUGGAGGUCUGCUACAGCGUCAUCCAGGUCUGCUACAGCAUCAUCGAGGUCUGCUACAGCGUCAUCGAGGUCUGCUACAGCGUCAUCAAGGUCUGCUACAGCAUCAUCCAGGUCUGCUACAGCGUUAUCGUGAUCUGCUGCAUCGUCAUCGAGGUGUGCUACAGCGUCAUCAAGGUCUGCUACAGCGUCAUCGAGGUCUGCUACAGCGUCUUGGAGGUCUGCUACAGCUUCAUGGAGGUCUGCUAAAGCGUCAUGGAGGUCUGCUACAGCGUCAUGGAGGUCUGCUACAGCGUCAUGGAGGUCUGCUACAGCAUCUUGGAGGUCUGCUACAGCGUCAUGGAGGUCUGCUACAGCGUCUUGGAGAUCUGCUACAGCGUCAUGGAGGUCUGCUACAGCUUCAUGGAGGUCUGCUACAGUGUCAUCAAAAUCUGCCGCAGAGUCAUCGAAGAUACCAUCCACACGUGAUGCUGGCUUCCGUUGCUCGUCACACUGACGUGCAUCAAACUGGACAGUGGACAAGUGCAACACACUAUCGCUAUUGCAACCAAGGACUGUGAUGCAGUGGGCAUCGGCAUCCAGCUGGGGAUCGGACACAGAGCAGAGUUGCGGACAUGCAAGCCCAGUGCGCACGUGCUGCGUGGAGGAGACAAACUUCACUUUGGUUGCCCUUCAUGGAGCGUUGGAAGAACGUGCAUCGGACUGAACUGUUGGCCACUGUAAUGCAUGCCAUUGCUGCUGCAAACAUCUACAGUGAUGCAGUGGACAUCAACGAUCAACUUUAAAUUUUUCAUGUGUCUGAAAAAAUAUUUUUUUCUGAGUGUGCUGCUUGUUUGCCGCUUGUUGCCGCUAUCUUGGUUGUUGUUUGUGGAUCAUGGUCGUCGUUAUGUCAUAGCAGUGGGCUUGUGCACGUGUGUGUGAUGAGGAGAUGCUCCCCGCAUGAAACUAACGGUUGCCAGCAUGACUGCUUGUACCCCAUGGCCUUACAAGGAGCGCAACAUGUAUUCUUCCCCUAUUGUCAACCACUCAGCAGUUUACAGAUUGUUGAAUUCUAAUGCCGGGAGAGCUGGGUGAUUGGAUGUGACAUCGUUGCUUGUAACGUGCAGUGUACCAUGCUUCUGUGGCAUUGUCCUGUGCAGGGCCUCGGGGGCCUUCCUGCCGCUUGAAACG